AUGAGUACCAGAGCAUUGCGAAAUUGCAGACGGUUGAGAAGUGAUCAGUUUCGCGAGCUUGUGGCAGACGACUGGGACGAAUACAGUGGUGUGGAGACGGAUUACGGGGACUCGGAAGCAGAGCAAGAGAACGACGGAGAUGAAAUCCCGAUUUUGACGAUGGAGGAUAUCAGAAAUGAGUUAAUACAGGAGGCACGCCAGAAUAUUGCACGCGGUGCUGAUCAGAGGGCUCUAUGGGUAAGAGGUGUCGAUGCGUUUAUCAACACCUUGUUCCACAUAGUGCUGUUGAGAAUCUUGAAGAACCUGUUUUCCAUGACGUCGUUUUCAAAGGAUAUUUUGAAAGACACCGAGGAGUUUAUCUCGAUGAUUGUAGACAAGACUCCCGGGUUCAAUUUCAUGAGCAAUUUGAGAUUCUCGAGCGGCGCUGGCGGUGCUGUUGAUGCUGCCAGCUCUGUUGGCGAGAGCAUAGCCACUGGAAACACCACUCUGAUAAUGAGGUUUGGGUACAUUCUGGCUAAGGAGUUCCCCAGCUGGGAAUCAUAUCCAAACUCCAUGAUAGCAAUGACUCUGCUGUCGUUCUACUGCUAUACGCUCGUGGCAUCUCUGUUUCUGAUCACCAGUUUUGUGUUUUCCAUGUUGUGCAUGACUUACAGUAUUGGCAGGAGGUGGCAUACCAUUCAGACGUUUAUAGUUGGUCUUUUUAAGGAGAACGCGGGGACGUUCUAG